AUGUUUUGUUCGAGAACACCAAGGAGAUGGCCUCGUCCAGAGUGGCAUGCACCGUGGAAGACAUACAGGGUGAUCCAGGGACACUUGGGUUGGGUUAGAUCGGUUGCGUUCGACCCAAGCAAUCAAUGGUUUUGCACUGGCUCAGCUGAUCGUACCAUUAAGGUAUGGGAUGUAGCGAGUGGAAGUUUGAAGGUCACGCUUACCGGACAUAUUGGGCAAGUACGAGGCCUUGCUGUCAGCGACACACUUACCUACAUGUUCUCUGCUGGUGAUGACAAGCAAGUCAACUGCUGGGACCUUGUGCAGAACAAGGUUAUCCGAUCUUAUCAUGGUCAUUUGCAUGGCGUCUACUGUUUAGCUCUUGAUCCAACUUUGAACGUGUUACUAACCGGAGGGCGAGACUCUGUCUGCAGGGUAUGGGACAUCCGUAAGAAGACGCAAGCUUUUGCACUCUCGGGACAUGACAGUGACGUUCUCUCCGUUAUCUCCCGUCCGACUAACCCACAAGUUAUCACCGGUAUUUAUGCAGCGUGUAACGUGUACAAGGUGAGACAAGGUUGGUAA